AGCUGCAGCACUGAAUCUCACAGUAGCAUCCUCUCAGUGACUUUUAGAUAGUAGUAGAUAACAGGGACAGCACUCUGUUAUACCUUAUAUUCAUCCUUCGAGAACCCAACCAAAGAUUCAGCUGAGUGAGUUCUAUUCAUUCUUAAUAUUUUUACAGCUUGUUGAUGUUGUGUUUAAAAAUUACUUCAGUUCUAGUAGAAAGUCUAAAUGAAGUAUAAACAUGGUAACAAAACACUUCCUGUAGAUUAGUUCAGAGGAUUGCCUCACUGCAGUCAACUUUCCCUUAAAGAGAAUUUAAAAAUAAUUAUUCAUUGCUGUCACAUCAACCGAACUGUUGUCAGGGGUGAGGCGAGUUUAAAAAAAAAAAAAAAAAAAAAAAAUCAGGAAAUGGUUUUACAGUCUCAUAGUCUCCUUGUCUCAUAGACUCAAAAUGGUGUUAAAGUGUUGCCUGAAACAGUGGACAUAAAACUUGCGGCAUAAAUAAACAGAAAAGUGUUUUUUCUACUCUUUUGAUACACAAUGUCACACAGCAUUUCCCAGAAUAAACUGCACUGCAGUUCUGGCCCAUUGCACCACUUGUAAAGAGACAAACAUCUCAUGUAACUGUCAUGAGGGUGGGACAAAAGAAACCAGGAAGUGUUUUAUCGUCUCACUGCUUCGACCUCAACUCUCCACUGAGUUUACUAUAUGUGUCCAAGAGUUUGUUGACAUAAGUGGAAGGAAGGUUUUCUCUGUAAACUGUAGCAUUUACAGACUUUCUUUCCGGGUACAGACAAAAAGACUCCACCGUUGUUGUUUUUUUGAAUAUUUGAAGAUGAUUUUGUCACUGGCUUCCAUCGCUACUCUUUUGGCCGUCAUUAUUCCAGCUUCUCAUGGUGGGAAGGUUCUGGUGUUUCCCCAUGACGGCAGCCACUGGGUGAACAUGAAGGUGCUUGUUGAGGAGCUGCAUUCAAGGGGACAUGCUGUGACAGUUAUCCGGGCCGCAGACAGCUGGUACAUCAGUGAAACAUCUCCACAUUACAAUACCGUCACAGUGAAUAUUGCUGGUGCCGAAAAUGAGGAUUUUUAUCGUCUCUUUGUCUCUGAAGUUAUUAAAAUUAAGCGAAGCCAAGGGUCUGUGUGGGCCCGUUUCGCUUUAGACAUGGAAUUAAAGGACAAGUUCUCUGAAUUACACAAGAGAGUGUGUGAAAUGGUUGUGAACAUGCUUGAAAACAAAGAGUUAAUGAAGUCUUUUCAAGACGGCAAGUAUGAGGCGGUUUUGACAGACCCUGCUGACGGAGGAGGAGUAAUGCUGGCUCACUACCUCGGAUUGCCGUUAGUGUUUAAUGCUCGGUGGACUGUUCAUGGUGAGGCCCAUUUUGCUAUUGCACCUUCUCCACUCUCUUAUGUCCCGCUUCCGCCUUCAGAAUUAGCAGAUCAGAUGACUUUCUUUGAGAGGGUCAAAAACAUAAUUUUUUACAUCAUGAGGAUGCAUUUGUACAAACAGGUAGCUGGACCACAUUAUUCUGCAUUGGCCAACCACUUCAUUGGCCCAGGUGUGGACUAUUUCUCCCUGUUUCAAGCAGCAGACCUGUGGCUGAUGAGAGUGGACUUUGUAUUUGAGUUCCCUCGUCCCACCAUGCCUAAUGUUGUCUAUAUGGGAGGGUUCCAGUGUAAACCUGCAAAACCUCUGCCUCAACACCUGGAGGAGUUUGUGCAGAGCUCUGGAGAACACGGAGUCAUCAUCAUGUCUCUGGGGACUUUGAUCGGAGAGCUUCCCCAUGACUUAGCCAAUGAGAUUGCUGCAGCUUUCGCUAAAUUACCUCAGAAGGUCAUCUGGAGGUAUAAAGGUGACAGACCGGCCACUGUGGGCAACAACACUUUACUGGUCGACUGGAUGCCACAGAAUGACCUCCUAGGACAUCCUAAGAUUAAACUAUUUGUUAGUCAUGGAGGAACAAAUGGAAUCUAUGAGGCUAUAUAUCAUGGGGUACCAAUUGUAGGAAUUCCCAUUGUGUUUGAUCAAGCCGACAACCUCUCCAGACUGAGAGCAAAGGGAGUCACAAAGGUUAUGGAUAUUUCUGUAUUGGAUAGGACAGCACUUCAGACUGCCAUAGAGGAAGUCCUGACUGAGCCCUCCUACAGGAUGAACAUGCAGAGACUCUCCAGGCUGCACAGAGAUCAGCCAAUGAAGCCGCUGGACACCGCCCUCUUCUGGAUAGAGUUUGUUAUGAGACACAAAGGUGCAGCUCACCUGAGAACAGAGUCCUACAGACUGCCCUGGUACUCCUAUCACUCUGUAGAUGUUAUACUAUUUCUGCUCACAAUUGCAUUACUUAUUUUCCUAUUUUUUGUUGGGUUAGUGUGGUCUUGCUUCAGAUUGUGUUUAAAAACAAAAAUGAAAUCUGACUAACAGGGAAGGGUGCAUUGUUUGAUUUCACACUGGUUAAUGUCUUCUGGAAAAAAGCGUGUCAAAGAAUGAACAUAACUGCCAGUUCUGACUGCUAACUUGCUGAAUAAAGUCUGUUUGUUUA